GUGAAAGGGUAAUCAGCUGAUUCUGAGCGAUCAAAUGAACCAAAAUAAAACGGUUUUACCUGUUAAAUCUCGGUUAUCAUCUACCGACCAUUAAGGAUUUUCUCAUCGGACAUCGUUGGCAUGCUUUAUUUGGACCGUCAUCAUGGACAAGAUUUUGGAGGGCCUUGUGAGCUCCGAUCACUCUGUUCCAGUGAAGAGGGCCAUAGUGAAGAAGGUAGUGGAAGCAGCAGAGAAAGAGGUGACAGAGGAGCAGUGUCAUGCGUUGUUUACUCUCACCACCCGCCUCAUCCUGCUUGGUGAAGAUGCAUUUCAGAGGCAGAUCGGCAUCCAGGUUUUGGAAGCCUACGCGCGUUACCACCGGCCAGAGUUUGAGCAUUUCUUCACUAAAGACUUUGCACUCACUCUUCUCCAGCAGGGCUAUGCCCACCUGGACCGCAAAGAUCCAGCCGUAAUAGACUACAUUCACUGCUGCCUGCGGCUGCUCAUCAGCUGCCCCUCGGUGCUCGAGAUCUUCGGCGUGAUUCAGGUGGAGGUUCUGAGGAUGGUGUGUGAACGUCCUGAGCCUGCUCUUUGCGCCCACCUGAGCUGUUUGCUGUCGGACUUUGUGCAGUGCCUCCCGAGGGAUAAGUCGGGCGUUUUGUUCUGCCAGCAGCUGGUGAGGACCAUCAGCUACUUCCACUGCUUUGCCAGCCAAGAGCAGGAGCUGAGAGAGUAUGUGGGUCAGGUGACUAAGGUCAGCACACUGCUGCAAAACAUCUGGAAGGCAGAUCCAGCCACACUGCUUCCCUCUCUGCAAGAAGUGUUUGCUAUUAUCUCUUCCACAGACUCCUCCUUUGACCCCUCCAUCGCCCUGGCCAGCCUGGUGCAGCACAUCCCCGUCCAGAUGAUCACCGUGCUGAUCAAGAGUCUCACCACAGACAACAAUGUGAAAGACGCUAGCAUGACUAAAGCCCUCUGCAGGAUGAUCGACUGGCUCUCUUGGCCUCUGGCUCAUCAUGUGGACACCUGGGUCAUCGCUCUACUGAAAGGGCUGGCUGCAGUUCAGAAGUUCACCAUCCUCAUAGACGUCACUCUGCUCAAAAUCGAACUGGUCUUCAGCCGCCUGUGGUACCCCAUUGUGCGGCAGGGGGCGCUUGCUGUGCUCUCCCACAUGCUGCUGAGUUUCCAGCACUCUCCCGAGGCCUUCCAUUUGGUUGUUCCACAUGUGGUGCAUCUAGUCCAGUCUUUACGGACAGAUGGUCUCUCCACCAGCAAAGCGUUCCUCCUGCAGUUCACUGAGCUAAUACACUGCAUGAUGUACCAGUACUCCGGCUUCCCUGACCUCUAUGACCACAUACUAGAGGCCAUCAAGGAUCUCCCAAAACCAGAGGAAGAGAAGAUUAAGCUGGUGUUGAAUCAAAGUGCCUGGACGUCCCAGUCCAACUCGUUUGCCUCGGGUCCUCUGAAGCAACUUGGAAAGUCUGAGACUGGGAAGACUGGCCUGGUCAACCUGGGAAACACCUGCUUCAUGAACAGUAUCAUCCAGACCCUCUUCAUGGCCACAGAUUUCAGGCGACAUGUUUUAUCAUUACAUCUAAAUGGUUCGAACACAUUGAUGAAAAAGCUCCAGCUGCUCUUUGCUUUCCUUGCACACACUCAGAGGGCAGCGUUUGCUCCCAAAACCUUCUUGGAAGUAUCUCGGCCUCCCUGGUUCAACGCCGGCUCUCAGCAGGACUGUUCUGAGUACCUCCGAUUCCUUCUGGACAGGUUACACGAAGAGGAGAAAACGAUUCAGGUCCUGGAAUCAGUAAAGCCAAAGAUGGCCUCUCUUGUUGACACAAACGGCAAAGAGCCAACAGCUCAGAGUUCUCCGGAGGUCGCUGAGGAGUCAUCUCUGACUCCAGCAGAAAUGAAACCUGAGGACGACGGCAGGACUUUGACAGAAAAGAUGUUCAGGGGAAAGCUGAUCACAGGGAUUCGCUGCAUGCAGUGCAACUGCAUCUCUGAGAAAGGGGAGCCUUUUACAGACCUCUCCUUGGCCUUCUGUCCUUCUGCCACCUCUCAGGGCAGCCCCCAGCCCGAGGGGCCCUCAGAGGAACCCAAAGGUCUCUGCCAAGGAUCCGUCAAUGGCGGUAGUGAAAUAUCUGAGCCUGGCCCGGCCCCAGCCCCAGCCCCAGCUAGCAAUAUCAAUGAUGUGCCAGUGGCAAAUGAGCCUCCUCUCUCCGUGCCGGACCUGGUGAACUACUUCCUGGCUCCAGAGAUCCUGGACGAAGACAAUGCCUAUUUCUGUGAGAAGUGUAGCUCACUGCAGCGGGCAGAGAGGACCAUGAAAGUGGUAUCGGCGCCUGAAUACUUAAUCCUCACCCUGCUGCGAUUCUCAUACGAUGCCAAAUGUCACGUCCGGAGGAAGAUUCUGGACAAUGUCACCAUCCCGCCACUCAUGAGACUUCCUGUUCAUGCCCCUUCAAUGCCCACACAAUGUUCCUCUUCUUCCUCCUCUCCUCUGCAAGUGGAUUCCCCCGAGAGCAGUGAGAAUCUGGCCAAGAAGCUCAAACCGUCUCGAAAAGAAGAGGAGGAAGAGGAGAAGGAGAGGAUUCACGGAGCAGAGGAGAUGAAUGGAGAUGACGAGAUCCUGUCAGUGCCCUAUGUCCUCAGCUCAGUGGUGAUGCAUUCUGGGAUAUCGUCCGAGAGUGGCCACUACUAUUCAUAUGGGCGCAACAUUAAUGGAGCAGAUGGAACGCAGCACACAGCCAACCACUUAGCCCUAAAAGAGGAUUUGGGGAAUGGACAGGGCGAGUGUAGCCUCUCCACCUGCUCAGCUCUCCCCAUCCCACCUGAACAGAGAGACACCGUAUCUAACGGAGGACAGGAGGCCAGGGAUUGGCUGCUGUUCAAUGAUAGCAGAGUGACAUUCACAUCCUUCCAAUCAGUGCAAAACAUUACAGACCGCUUCCCCAAGGACACUGCUUAUGUGCUCAUGUACAGGAAGCAGGAGCUACCGGGGGAGAACAUCAACAGGGGGCUGGUGGCAAAUGGGAUGAGACCGAGUGCUGAGCCUCCCCUGCAGAAAGAAUUACUGGAUGCUAUUAUCAAAGACAACAAGCUGUAUUUACAGGAGCAGGAGCUUAAUGCCCGGACCCAUGCUCUCCAGGCUCCUUCAUCCUCCUCCUCAUUCAGGCCCAACGGUUCAGAUGACAAUAACCCACCGGGGAGCUGUGGCCCAUCUGGUGGAGGUGGAGGGGGAGGGGGCUUCAACACCAUCAGUAGACUGGUCUUCUGAAAGAAAAAACCUGCUGGAAAACCCAAAUGAACUGGCACUAAGAGAGUCCUGAACUGUCAUACCACAGAUGUAUGUGCAUAUAACCUGAUGACCUGAGCACUGACAUGACCUAAUCACUCUCACACACACACACACACACACACACACAC